UCACGGCUGUCGCUGCAAAGUUCCCGAUAAUCCCAAACGCAAAAGAAGCCUACCGUGAGCGGCCUCCCUCUCCCGACCUCUGCUCCACCACCGCCGUAGCAGCAGCGCUUUGGCCAAUAGUCGAAUCGGUCGGAUUAUUCGCUGUGUUGUGUAGUUUUGAUUCAGUUGGAGGGAAAUGGAGGCGGUUUCGAACGGUGGCGAAGAACCCAAGUCCUGGGACGAAUUGUACAACGUCGAUUUGAUGCCGUCGGAGCUGUUCCUCAAGUUCCGGAAGGAAGUCGAGGGGAUUCGUGUCGGUCUCAAUUUAGAGUUCUAUAAUGCUCCAAUCAAUGAGUACCAGGCAAAGUUGGUGUUAAAGCCUCUAUCCCCUGAUCGGAGAUGGAAGUUUAUAUAUGAACCCACACGUCAUGAUGUCCGGCUUCUUUCAAAAAAGAUCCCCAUCACCAAAUUUUUGAAUCUUCAGGUUGGUGUAGGCCAUAGUUUUCAGUUGCAUGCAACUGGUUGGAAAUGGAAGCUCACCACGUGUUUUGGCGGAGAUGGCAUAUCACGUGUUCGGAAUAAAACAUCAAUUGGCCUGUUCCCAGGCAUGGACCUGCGGUUUGGAUGGAGGGCAGAUUAUGUAUUUCCAGAAAUUACUGGGGCUGUUGGCAGUGGCGAACCCUUGUUCAACAUGAACUCGGGGCGAUUGCAAGCGUCACUAGAUAGGGUGGAGUUCGUUUUGAGCCAUAAACAUGAAUGAGGCUGACUCGAUAUGUUAUGAUCAGUAGCAGGAAACAACAAAGCAUGGAGGGACUGGUUUUAGCAUGUUGCGUGGAAGGAAAUGGAGUUGCAGUGAUCGUUACUGGGUUUUUCUGUUUUGGCUCUAGUGCAACUUUCCUUCGAGAUGGAAUCAACGGUUAGUGCGGAGGAUGUACACAAGCGGUAGCUUCAUUAAUCAACAGUUGGUUCUUUGCUAUAACUGAUUGUUUCCGGUACAUAUGACCAGAUCCAUGUCCUCCCUUAGUUCAGAUAGAGAAGAGAGAGAGAUGGAUACAUGCAAGUGAGUGGCUUUGUCAAUAUGGAAAUUUUUAUUUUCAGAGAAGUGUGAGAAAGAAGCUAAAAUAUAUAAUGAAUCAAUGAAUGGAAAUUUGGUUUUACAUUUAUUAUUUUUAAUUUUUUUUUUAUUAUACUAGAAUGAAUUUUAUUCAUAAUGGUAUAUGGUAUUGAGAUAAAAUAUAAUAAAAAUGAAUUUUUGUUUAUUUUUCAUAUGGAAAUCAAUUAAAAUGGGUGACAUCGGUGUUAUUAGUAUCUGGGUUAUUUCGCACAAGUUCUGUACCCACCUAGAAAUUCAAAAAUUCCUUUGGUCACAUGAUGUAGGACUUUAACUUUACUCACGAUGGUUGAGGAUUUGGGUCCCAUGAUGUGUACAAACAUUAUUACGUCUUUGCACAUCUAGGUGACGAAGGUGAGAUUUAAUUUUAUUUUGGCGGCAGGGGUGGAAGAGUGUUUUUGUUUAAUUAAGUAAUUGAUGGGGAAAUUUAUUUUUAACCCAUCUCAAACGAGCAAGCACCGUGAAUGAUUGUUGAGAAUUUGCCCUAUUUUGAAAGGGAUAUGCUUCUUUAGAUGGUUAAUGUCUAUGGGAGUGGUCGUGAUUGAAUCAUUUUGAGCUGAAAUGGUUAUUCAAUGUUCGGAUUUUUAUGUAUAAAGAAUAAGUUAAUCAAUGAAAAGAUCUCUUUAUUGCAUGACAUUAAUUAAAGAUGCUUAACCGAACUUAAGGUAAUCAACCCAUCAAAAUUUUUAUAUUUUAAAUCUCAGCAUGAUUAGGAAAUUACAUAAUGCUUUUUCUGUACAUGAAUUAAUUAAUUGGUGACACUGAGAUUAAUUUGAACUGAUAUUAACUCCAAUACAUAUUUAAAAGAUACAAAAGCCCAACUCAUUUCAAACAUGGGGGGAGGGAAGAUGCCAAGACCGAACUCCAAAAGGAUGCUAGCUAGCCGUUGCAGCUUCCAACGGCCAGAAGCCCAUCUGGGUUAAUUUAAAUUCAAAGCCUCCCCACAGCUCUCUCGUCUCAAAUCUCUCUCGUCUCAACUCUCUCUCUCUCUCUCUCUCUCUCUCUCUCUCUCUCUCUCUCUCUCUCUCUCUCUCUCAAAUGGCUUCCUCAAAGCUCAGAAACUCUUGUUCCUUCAUCAACAUUCUCCUCUCAUUUCUAAACUUCAUUCUUUUCCUCCUCUCCUCAGCCUCUCUUGCUCCAACCAUUCUCCUCAAAAUGCCCCCAACCUCGCUGGGCUUUGCAUUCCUUACUGUCUCCGCCACUUCCGUCCUCUCCUCUCUUGUGGGUCUCUGCUCCCACCUCGGCCACUUCUGCUUUGUAACCCACGUCUCGCUCCUCCUUGCCUCUUCUCUCGGGCAGUUGCUGACGGUCGUGGCGCUGUUGUCCAGAGAAACUUCAGCCCUUUCGAUGCUGAAGUCCCCCCGGGAUCCGAGGGAGGCUAAGCUGCUGGUGAGGCUGGAGUGUGGGAUUUUUAUGGCAAUGCUUAUGGUGCAGGUGGGGGCGCUGGUUUUGACAUGUGCUGUGCACAGUUGCUGGGUGAGGGAGUAUGAGGGGUUGGAGGCGGAGAAAGAGAAAAGUGAGAGGCAGAGGAGUAGGAGAAUGGCCAGAGUUCAGGAGGAGUCCAUGGCAAAUGCAGGAAAGGUUGCAGAGGUUAAAGCCAAGGAGUUUGAUGAGAAGAUGAAGAGCAAGUAUGGGCAGUGGGUUAAAACUGAUUUUGAAGGCUAAUUACAAGCCCCCCCCCCCCCCCUCUCUCUCUCUCUCUCUCUCUCUCUCUCUUGUGUGUGUUCUGCUUGUUUGUACUAUAAGUUUUGUGGUCACCGAGGCGGUGGCCAGAGGAUGUGUAAUAUAGAAGCUCUAGGUGGGAUUUGGUGUUUUAAUUUUGAUGUGUAAUGCUGCAAUGCCUUCUGUGUCUGUGAACUUGUGUGGAGGUUUAAUUAAUUAACUAAUUAAUUAUUUACUUUAA